CAACAUUUUGAAACUUUGCAAGAAUCUACAGUUAAACCAGAAGAACCAAUCUGUGAAGAGCUGAUAGAAGGUUUGGUGGAAGUAGAGCUUCCUGAAUACACAGAACUUCCACCAUUUGAAGAGUCCACAAGUAACCCAGAUGAACAGACAAAACAAUCAGACAGUUUAGUGGACAAAACACAGUCAGAAGAAUCAAACCAGUCGGAAUGUCCCACUACGACUGAAUCUACAGACGAGUCGAGCCAAUCAGAAAGCCUUAUCGAUACUAAACCCACUGGACAGUCUGAAUGUUCCUCUGAAACAGAAACCUCACAGCCCUUAGAAUUAAAGAACAGUCAAGAAACAAUCCAACAGACUGAGCAAGACCACACUGAAUGUAAACAGCAAGACGAGGUAAAAGUGGAGUUGUCUUCAGAACAUGUGUGUGUGCCAGAGGAAGAUCUGAAAGAUCAAGCAGUGGAGCCUACAGUGGUAGAACCUGUGGUUUGCUACAAGAAUGGAAAAGUAGAAGAGGCUGUCGACAGGGAAAAGGCUCGCACACUUGCUGAGAGACUGUACAGACUCGAGGAUUUUCAGCGUACAGAUGUGGUUCGACAUCUGGACAAAGACAAUGCAUUCAGUCGUGCUGUUGGGGAGGAGUACCUGAAGUUCUUUGACUUCACUAACCAAAGCUUGGAUGAAGCUCUUCGGUCUUUUCUAAAGGAAGUGGUUUUAAUUGGUGAGACUCAGGAGCGGGAGCGAGUGCUGGAGCAUUUCUCCAAACGCUGUCAGGAAUGUAACCCUGACUCCUUCUCUUCAGCCGGAGCUGUGCUCACUCUCACAUGUGCUGUGAUGCUUUUGAACACAGACCUCCAUGGACAGAAUGUUGGCAAAGCCAUGUCCUCGAGUGAUUUUGUAUCCAACCUGGAUGGGAUGAAUGAAGGAGAGAAUUUCAGCAAGGAUUUGCUAAAGACUCUUUAUAACUCUAUCAAGAAUCACCAAAUUGAGUGGGCAGUAGAAGAGAAGGAAUUGCUGAGUUCUAUAACCCUGGAGCAGGACUCUGAUCAAGAUGCCACUCUUCGCUCAAAGAGUAACCCCUUCCAGGACCUCGCACAUGAUAAAAAGGCCACGGUUUUCCAGAAAGGCUUCCUAAAGCGCAAAGCUUAUGCGGAUAUAGAUGGCAAGCGCACUCCAUGGGGAAAAAGGCGUUGGAAGACCUUUUAUGCAGUACUAAAGGGAAUGGUGCUUUACUUACAAAAGGACGAGUACAGAAAGGACUGGCAGAGCUCAGAGGAGGUAGUGAGUGUUCAUCAUGCCCUGGCGGAGAGAGCACAGGACUACACCAAGAGGCCUAACGUAUUUCGCCUACAGACAGCAGACUGGAGGGUCUUCCUCUUUGAAGCAGCGUCAACAGAACAGAUGAACUCCUGGAUUGGCCGCAUCAACCUGGUGAGCUCUCUGUAUUCCUCUCCUCCAUUCCCCGCCGCUGUCGGCUCUCAGAAGAAGUUCUGCAGACCCAUCCUGCCAGCGACUCAGUCUGCACUUACUCUGGAGAGGCAGCUACAAUCUCAUGGCUCCAUGCUCCGAUCCUUUCAGGAAGACCUCAGCGUACUACAGCAGGGGGCACAAGAGAGCCGCCGGGUCAAAGCCAGAGAGAUGGAGGAACACAGACAAAGAGAGGAGUACCUCCAGCAUGAGAUCAGUCGGUACGAAGCUUACAUUCACAUCCUGGAGAUCUGGCAGACUCUUGUGAAGCCCUCGGAGCGGGUAGGCAGCAUAGACCUCACGCUGUUUGACCAGGAGUUGUGGAAAGGGGCGGUUGAAGAGGAAAAGGAAGAAAGCGAGAUGGAUUCGGGGCUGAAAAGAUCGCAUUCCAGUCCGUCGAUAGAAUUAGAACUGGCUGCUCAACCCGUGGUAAAAGUGAGGCGUAACAUUUCGGAGAGACGGACGUAUCGUAAGAUAGUUAUUCCACGACGUAACAAAGAGCUAUAAUAGAAUGAAAUCCUUUGAGUUUGAACUGUUAUGGUCUAAUUUAAAAUUUGUUGCAUCUAAUUUAAGAUACAUCACAUGAGGACCGAGCUAAAUAGAUACAGCUUCAACAAAAAGGGCUACGUCGUAAUCCACAUACCACGCACUGAUUCUGAUUAGGCAUCAGGCAUCAGGCAUUAGGCAUAGGAUUAUUGGGACAGUUGUGGUGUACAAGAGUCUUAGCUGUAUAGCUUAGCUGUGCUGAAGGAAAUAUCCGUUAUCAUAUUAUAUCAUAAUUUUCCGUUGAGGCUACAAUUGCUUUGCUGUAAAUUCUAAUGGCCCUACAGCUGCUCAGUAACACAAGACAUUAAAACCACCUCCUUGUUUCUACACUCACUGUCCAUGUUAUCAGCUCCACUUACCAUA